AUCGCCAUGACCAACGUUCCAAGCUCUCUCCGAUAUUCCUCUCUAACCCUCUUCCUUUUCAUCAUCUCCUCGUGGCCUUUCUUCUCUCUUUGACCGAUCCCUUCUCAUUUCCCCCUCUCAAUCGAUCCCGAUCUCAAUGGUUGGAGCUGUAGAUCGCCGCCGGAAUCACCAUCCAAGCCCUUUGUUUGAGAUGCCGAUGAUUCCGAGAAAGGGAAAAAUUGGGAUUCGGGUGGGCGGCAACGGCGAGGAGCAGCAGCGAUUCGAGGUGCGAGUGGAGUAUUUGAGCCACCGCUUGUUCAGCAGCCUUCUCCGGGAGGUUGAGGAGGAGUUUGGGUUUGACCACGACGGUCCGAUCAGGUUAUCGUGCGGUGUUGAUCGAUUCCGCCGUGUUUUGGUUGUCAUCGCCGGCGAUUGCGCCGACGAUCGGUGGCGGCGAUGCCAACACCGUCGCUUCUCUUAUUUCACUGGAUGCUUUGGGGUUUAGAGCUUGUUUCAAUGUAAGUUUAGUUCA